UGACCGUCUGACCUGAUGCCCUGCCAACCCAACCAAACCACACGACGACCCACUCAAACUGCUGAACUCGAUUGGACUAAAAAGGACCCCACAAGCCCAAAGCCCAAUACCCACACCCAAAAACCCAAAGCCAGCCAAACCAAUUGGACGCCAACGCCAAUUUUAACUACUGUUGGCGGCGCCAGCAGCGAAUAGCGAAUAAUUGAAUCAUAAAGGACACGGACGGGCCACCGAAAGGAUCCAGAUCCAGAAUUCAGGAUCAACAAAGCCGAGCAAAUAAUUGCUGUAUAGUAGUGUGCACGCGGCCCCAGCAUUUUCCCCAUUUCCGGUUCCGGUGAAGGGGGAGUGGCCCAUUGCAAAGAAGGCAGAGGCUGCAGGGAAAUGACAGGCGUCCUGCUUUAAUUAAAGCCGGGACGUGGGCGUGGGGCGUGAGGCCCAAAAGUGUGCGCUGCAAUAAAAGUAGGAAAUUGAAACGCAAUGUGGCUGAUGCCGCGGACCGUGGACAACGCAACAAAGUGGACGAAAUUGCUUUUGGAACAGAAGAGGAUAGCAGGGAGCAGCAGCAGCAGGGAAGGCAUUAAUUUUGAUUAAAAUUCACCUGAACAUUCACAUUCAAACCAACCAAACUACCAACUAACUACCCACUACCGAGUGAAAUAUUAGCCAAAA